GAGAGGGGCGCUGAAAUUUAAAUUUGAACAGUUGUUUGCUUGGACCAGAGACGGAAGAAUAUAAACCAGUAGUGUUUUUUUUUCCUAAUUAUACAUAAACGGAUUACAUAUAGCAAAGCGCUGUGACAAUAGCAAACACAGGGAACAUGGAUCCCUUCACAGAGAAACUUCUAAAAAGAACUCAAGCCCGCAGAGAAAAUCUUCAGAAAAAAAUGGCAGAUAGGCCCACGGCAGCUGCAAGACCAGUUGCAAAAAGAACCAGGGAACCUCUUGCAGAAACAAAUAAACAACCACUGCAGCCUGCAGAGGAAGUCCAACCUUCCACCAAACCAUCUCCAUCAAAAAAAAGAUGUUCAGACAACAAAGAAGUUCCUGCCUUUGGUGUAGAGAACAGGCUACCCGAUUCUCUGCCUGAACCAUCUGAAACGGCUAGUAAGCCACCAGAAGCUCUUGUAAGCAGUGUUUCAACAAUAACUAAGUCUGCUGCAGCAAUUGAAAAGAUGGGAGAUAACGGUGUAAAAUGUACAAGUCCUGGAAGUACUUCAGUGAAAUCCCGCUUGCAGAAACUGGCAGAACAGAGACGAUACUUGGAUAAUGAUGAUCCUACUUUGGAAAGCGCACACCUUUCACCUGUGCGGUCUCAAAAGAAAGUACCGUCACCUCCUAGGCAGACAGCCAUUGCUGCAUCAUCUGAGACUCCAGUGGGAAGAAAAGGCAGAUUAGCAAACCUUGCUGCCACAAUUGGCUCGUGGGAAGAUGAUGUAAGUCAUCCAUCUGGAAAAAAAAACAAUGCACAAGAACAGCCUGGCACCACUUGUUUAUCAAAACAAUCCACUACAAAUGGAGCAUCUGCUUGUGCUAGCAGCAGUAAUGUAAAGCCACACACUAUAUCCUGUUUUCAAAAGACUACUGAAGCAUCAGUGAAUAAGCCAGUCCUUUCUGCUCAACAGGGUUCAGUGCAUUUGCCAGUUAAGUCAACCCAAGUUUUUUCACCAAGUCCUAAGAAAACCGAAAUACCAAAACUACAGUCACAGUCAGGGCAAAAUACUGCACACAGCCCUCAGAAAAACGAGGCACCCAAAGCACACUCUCCAUUUCAGUCAGGAAGAGUAUUAUCUCCCAGUCCUAAAAAUACUGAAGUAAAGGCACUGCAGGCAACCAAAGCAGCUUCAACACUCCUCCAGACAAGAGAAGAGUUAACCAAAGAAACCCAUGUUCAGCAACAGGAGAAGGAUCCAUCAUCUAUACCAGGUGGAACUGGCAUUAAAUCUUUCCUUGAACGUUUUGGAGAACGUUGCCAGGAGCGCACAAACCAGAAUCCUCCUUCAAGUACCUUGGGACAAAGAACAACCACUGUCACACCAAAUACAAAGACCGUGCAAGAACGGUUAUUAAAAGCAAAGCAAUUAACAACUACUACAGCUGAUCUAACUCAACAGAAGAGACAGGAGCGUGAAAUCGAACUUGCGUCAAUUCGUAAUCGUUUCCAGAAGGGGAACAUGUCGGCUUGCGACAAGAAAGAUGAAAGCUCGGAUACAAAGCCGCUGCAAACUAAAAAGAAUGCUUCUGAAACACAAGAGGUUCAAUCUUCUGAGCCCCAACCGAUAAAAUCUUUUCCUGCAAAAGGCGAUGAAUCUGAGGGUUCAUAUUUAAAAUCUUCAGGAUCAAGUUCUUCAGAAGAAAUUAAAUCUACAGAACUUCUAUCAAGAACAGAUGGAAAGCAAGAUGCUAAUAACUGUAAAGAUGAAGUGGUGCGUGAAAUUGAGUUGAAUGUGGAUGAAGAGAUCAACAGUUCAGGGGUCAUUGAUGAUCUGUUUGAUGGUGUUCUGGAGGAGGAGCAAGAACAAAGUAAGAAGAGCCCAAAAAGAGAAACACGGUUGUUUGAAGAAGAGGAUAAUGACGAACUAAAUAUUCCCUCAAUGUCACUUCCCACACCCUUAGCUGAGACUGUUAAUGCAGUAGUGACAAGUCCAGAGAUUUCGGUUCAAACCAGUACAGCUCUUGAGCUUGGUGAACCACAUGAUAAAAAUAGACCCAUUCGAUUCCAGAGGGAUCAAGUGCCCCAUGCAGAGUCUGCUGACCGUAUUGAAUCGGCUGGAGAUGAGCAUAACCUUUUGUACAGUAUUGAUGCUUAUAGAUCACUAAGAUUUAAAGAAACUGAACGUCCACAAGUUAAACAAGUGAUUGUUCGCCAGGAGGAUGUUUCCCAAAAACUAGAAGAGAACAGAAAUACUGGCCAAGCGAAUAUCAAACAAAAAAUGAAGAUUCUGAAUAAUGACAUAAAUAUGCAACAGACUGUGAUUCAUCAGGCCAGCCAGGCUCUAAACUGUUGCACAGAUGUGGACCACGGGAAGGGGUCCCAAGUUGAGGCUGAAGCAGAGAGGUUGCUUCUUGUUGCCACUGAGAGAAGAGUGGCUUUGCUUGCAGAGUUGAAUAAACUUAAGAAUGAGGGACCUUCUGGCCAAAAGGCCUCAAGCACAGUUAAAGCACAAGACAGCUCAGCUUCCAAAGGGUCAGUAGCACUGUCAGAGAUACGCCUGCCUCUGAGAGCCGAUUUUGUUUGCUCUGCUGCAAAUAAGCCAGAUGCAGCAAACUAUUAUUUCUUCAUAAUGAUCAGAGCUGGAGCUGAAAAUACAGUUGCAACACCAUUAGCCAAUACCCAUAAUGCAUUGUGUGGCGAUGCCAUCUCAUUCCCGACCAAGUUUACAUUACCAGAUGUGUCAAGUGACUUUGAAAUAGAUAUGGAAGUUUACAGUUUGGUGCAAAGGCAGGACAUAUCUGCUGACAAGAGGAAAAAAGGCAACAAAUCAAAGGCAAUUACACCUAAGCGACUACUUACUUCAAUCACUAAGAGCAACAUUCAAACACCAGUUCUGGCCAGUCCUGGAGGCCCCAAUGCAGUUCGUACCAGUCAUUUUGUCUUGGUUGGAUCCCACAAACUAACUCUGUCCUCUGCUGGGAAAAAUAAAUUUACACUGGAUAAGGUUCCGUUUUUGUCUCCUCUGGCCGGUCAUAUUUAUCUGAAACUUGAAUGUCAGGUUGGAUCGUCAAUUGAAGAACGAGGGUUUUUGACAAUGUUUGAAGAUGUAAGUGGAUUUGGAGCUUGGCAUAGACGAUGGUGUGUACUCUCAGAAUAUUGCAUCUCGUACUGGACCUACCCUGAUGAUGAAAAGUGCAAGAACCCAAUUGGUCGGAUAAACCUUUCUAAUUGUACAAGCAGCAAGAUUGAUCCAGCAAACAGGGAAUUCUGUGCUCGCCCCAAUACAUUUGAAUUAAUCACGGUCAGACCUCAGCGUGAAGGUGACAGAGAAACACUGGUUAGCCAGUGUAUGAACACAAUGUGGGUUACCAAAAACUGGCUGUCUGCAGACACCAAGGAAGAACGUAACCUAUGGAUGCAGAAACUGAAUCAAGUUUUAAUUGACCUGCACAUGUGGCAGCCUGGUACCUGUCAUAGGCCUCUUUGAAGAAUAAGCAGAUGUUUUUAUUUCAUAUAAAUACCAUUGAAAGAACAUGUUGUAUUCUAAAAAUCAAAUGCUAAAUCUCAUGAGCUAUUUAAUUACCAAACUUGUAUUUUAAUCACAGUGAAACCUUAUAAACGAGUAAUCUGAUAUUACAGUAAUUAAUAUUCCAGUUUGUCCCUCCUAGAUUUUUCCCAAAGGUUUUGCUGUUUUUAUGAUGGGAUCAAUGUCCUGAAAAUAAGUUUAGUUUGUCUGAUUACUUUGUUGCAGUAUUCUAUUGGCAUAUUGAUUUGAAGGGCCUUGCCCAUAGUAAUACGUAUUCACAUGAGCUGCAGUACUGCUCAGAUGUGAUUUGACACUUAAAACUAACCGUGGCGACAAUGGGCGCACCAGGAAAAUAAUAUAUAUAUUUUUUUAAUGUCUAUUCUUUACAUUGUCUAAUUGUAGAAUACAUUGAUAUGAGUGAUAAAAUAACACAGUAUUGAGCUUUUGUCACAGUUUAAAAAAAACAAACAAAAAAACUGUGCAAUAAUGGUAUGUUCUGUUCCCUUGGCUGUACAAAUCCAGUUUGGUUUUUUUCGGUUUUAAACUCAUUUUGUUUUUACCAGUCAAAAACUGCUGGAAAAAAACUGAACUUAUCAUAUCCGACUUGCAUCCCUAGUUUGAGACUGUUGGAAAUUUAUAUUGCACAUGUCACUUAAAUCGACAGUGUUAGAAAGGUUUACACGCUGCAGCAUAGUUUAAAAUAUUCACUGAAAGUUUCUGAACUUAAGAGUAUGCUUUUUCAUUAUAAGCUCUGAACUCUUGCUCUCAGCCAUACUUAUUGUGGUACUGUAAAGUAGUAUUAGGUAUGCUGAAACAUACCAAGAUGUUGUGUUUGUAUAGUCUGUACAUCAACCUGAAAUAUUUGUUGGUAAAUAUGGAUUAAGUACAUAGGUUUGUAAGCUUGUUUGAGGUCAUCUUUUAAAAAUGUACAGGACAGUCUUUGCUACACCAUAUUGGGUGCGUUAAGCAAGUGAGCCACUUGGAGCAGCUCAGUGAAAGAACCCACUUAACGGCAUGCUCAGUUCCGCUCUCUCUGAGCAGCUCAGAGCGUUGCAGAGCAGAUUUUCAUUGUUGAUCUGAGUGAGUGGAAAAAUUAUCGCUCCGAGCCGCUCUGUUACUUAACGCACCCAUUGUGUUUUGUGUGUGUAUGUGGUUUCAUGUAUGUUGUUUGUUGGGAGUUAGCAGUGGCAUGACGGACAUCACACUAUAUACAUAAAUACUGAUGUCUGAAUUUAACAGGAAAUACUAAGCUGAAAUUUUAACUUAAAGCAUUACAAAACUUUUGCUGCUAGAUAUUUAUUAUAUGAUGCAGUUUAAAUAAUUAUAUACUUAGUUUUGCGCUAAAUAAACUGCUCUAGCUAAUCUGCGACUCCAUUUUAACAGUAGCAAAAAUAUUUAAACUUAUUUUUAACUUCUGUCAAUUUGUUUAUAUAAAUUCUUUUUUAUAAUUUAAAAACAUAUUGAAAUAUUUUCUUUUUUUAAUACAAUUUCUUAAGUUACACAAGAAAGUUUGGUGAAAUAAAAUCAUGCUGUUCUGAUAACAGCCUUGUUAAGAACAUAUUUUACUUACUGCAAUGCCAACUGAAACAAGUCCUUUAGUGGUUCAUUUAUUAUUCCAUCAAGUAUAAAGUUUGUAUUGUCAUCUGUAUUUUUGGCUUGAAUGUUCUGAAAUUCGGCAUUUUCUUGGGUUUAAUCAUUUUCUUUUAAUCUGAGAUUCUACAUGAAGUGUUUUUAUUUUAAAUCAUCUUGUUUUGGAUUUCUUCCUUGGAAAAACAAAGACUCCAAUAAAUCCCUGUUUUAAAACUA